GAGCCGUGCCCGGGGCUGCGGGGUGCGCACCGCCGCCUCUCACUGCCGGCCCGCGCCCGGACAGCCGACCGCCGUCGCGCCGCUCCUGCCGUCCGAGCUUGGGUGGGGUCCAGCCAUGUCCAAGCCGCCACCUAAACCGGCGAAGCCAGGUCAGGUUAAAGUAUUCAGAGCCCUGUAUACGUUUGAGCCCAGAACGCCAGAUGAACUGUACUUUGAAGAAGGAGAUAUCAUUUACAUCUCUGACAUGAGUGAUACAAAUUGGUGGAAAGGAACUUGCAAAGGGAGAACUGGACUUAUUCCAAGUAACUAUGUGGCUGAGCAAGCAGAGUCUAUUGAUAAUCCACUGCAUGAAGCUGCCAAACGAGGCAACCUGAGCUGGUUGAGAGAGUGUUUGGAUAAUAGAGUUGGUGUCAAUGGCUUAGACAAAGCUGGAAACACAGCUCUGUAUUGGGCAUGCCAUGGAGGCCAUAAAGAUGUAGUAGAUGUCCUGCUUACCCAGGCAAACCUAGAGUUAAACCAACAGAACAAAUUGGGAGACACAGCUUUGCAUGCUGCUGCAUGGAAAGGUUAUGCAGAUAUUGUAGAGAUGCUGCUGGAAAAGGGGGCAAGAACAGACCUGAAAAACAAUGAGAAGAAGCUGGCUUUAGAUAUGGCAACAAACGCAGCUUGUGCUUCCUUGCUUAAGAAGAAACAGAGUGCAGGUACAGUCCGAACAUUGAGUAAUGCAGAGGAAUACCUUGAUGAUGAAGACUCCGAUUAGCUUUCUUAACUCCAUAUGAAAACCUAUAACUUGCAUUGUCUAUGUUGUUUUCAAAACAUAUCUUCACAACUGUAAAAAUAUCUCAGAGUAUCGCAGUAUAGCCUAUAAAUGAGAGGACAAAAUCAUGCUUUGCAAAGGAAUAAUCUUCAUGCAGCCAGAAGAUGUCACAUUUUGAAUCAGAGUUCCUUUUUGGAAUUAUCACAGAGAAAGUGUGGCACACCUUUAUCACUGAGUGGGCAGAGGAUUGUCUUCUAAACUUACAGGUUUCAUCUCAGGCCUUCCCAAGGCACUUGCCUUGUAUCUCUGGAAUACUGAAAGGGCCUUGUGGGACAGCAGGACACCACUGCUGGCAUUUCCCCAAAUCUCCCUGGGUAUGUGUUCCUUCAUGCAGCUAAUACUGACAGUCAGUACUGGCAGGCAUAAAUGGAGAUGCUACUGUAGAGAGGGACCGUUGUUUGCCCUCAUGGCAGACAGCAUUACCAGGUUUGAUUUUUAAUUUCGGUAAAUUUUUUUCAUUUCCUUCCUGUAUCCCUGUAAGUGAGAUGCAAAAUGACCUGAGACAAUCUGCCUCAGGAAUGCUUUGUCUUCUCUAUUGCUGUGGGACCAAUCCCUGAAAUGUUAACACAGGUGAAAUGCUUGCUUAAGUCAGGUUUGCUUUAGAAAUUCACUUGGACUUUGUGGCUUGAUUAUUUUGUUUUUUGAAGUGUAUUAUGCUGAAUCUAUUUGUAGCAAAAGGAAGACAAAAUAGUUUUCUUUUUAUCCUGCCUAAAAAAUUUUAAUACUGAUCUGCUUUUAUUUUUUGCAAGUGCUCUUAUGUCUUUUCCUAAAUUACCUCAAAAUUUAGGUGUGUUUGAAGUAACGAGGGAAGAUGUGCAUCAAAUAUACCACAGGUUACCUUUAGAAGAGAUACCUGAAGCUGAAUAAGCAUUUCUAAAAUGUAUUGCUGCUUUCUGUGAAUUAAAGAAAAAUGGAAAAUAAAUUCAGCCAGUUUCAAGCUC